GAAUCUAAACUGCUGAAGAAGACCAUAUGUGAUUGUUAAAUUAUAUAUAUAUAUAUUUUUACUCCUCGCAGUGCUUAUUCUUCUACAUCCAUAGAUGCUUGAGAAGCUGUGUUUUUGUCAUUCAUGUACGUUUUCCUUUGGAAAAAGAAAGCGCCUAUUUUACUAACCAAAGACUUGAUUUUUGCCCUCUUCGUUUUUAUUCCCUCCUAGAAAUAAGCCUAGUUGGAUUCAUGUCAGUGUUUUAAGAUUUUUUUUCUUCCUUUUUUUAGUUUUUUUUUCUUUCAGAGACCAGAAUUCCAAAUCUGAACUAUUUAGGGUGAUAAGCUGCAUCUUUGAGCUAGCUAAAAAUAAGACGUUUCAAACAAGCAACUUACAUUUGGAGUAGAGGAUACAAAGGCUUGAGAUACCAGGUUGUUUUUUAUCUUAAGAUUCUGAGCCUAAAAAUAAUAAAUGGGGGAUUACGGGUUUGGAGUGCUAGUGCAAAGCAAUACUGGGAAUAAAUCUGCUUUUCCAGUCAGAUUCCAUCCACAUCUGCAGCCUCCACACCAUCACCAAAAUGCCACCCCCAGCCCUGCUGCUUUUAUAAAUAAUAACACAGCUGCCAAUGGCAGCAGUGCCGGGUCAGCUUGGCUCUUUCCUGCUCCGGCUACCCAUAACAUUCAGGAUGAGAUCUUGGGAUCAGAAAAAGCAAAAAGUCAGCAACAGGAACCGCAAGAUCCUUUGGAAAAGCAGCAGCUCUCCCCCAGUCCAGGUCAGGAAGCUGGAAUAUUGCCUGAAACUGAGAAGGCUAAAUCUGAAGAAAAUCAAGGGGACAAUUCUUCAGAAAAUGGCAAUGGGAAGGAGAAAAUAAGAAUUGAAUCACCAGUGUUGACAGGGUUUGAUUAUCAAGAAGCCACGGGGCUAGGUACUUCUACCCAACCCUUGACAUCAAGCGCAUCGUCUCUCACUGGUUUCAGUAACUGGUCAGCAGCGAUAGCGCCUUCCUCCUCUACAAUCAUCAAUGAAGAUGCAAGUUUCUUUCACCAGGGAGGGGUCCCGGCUGCUUCGGCUAAUAACGGUGCUCUGUUGUUUCAAAAUUUCCCCCAUCAUGUCAGCCCUGGCUUCGGAGGCAGCUUCUCUCCUCAGAUUGGGCCUCUCUCACAGCACCACCCUCAUCACCCUCAUUUCCAACAUCAUCACAGCCAGCAUCAGCAGCAAAGGAGGUCUCCUGCCAGUCCCCAUCCCCCACCUUUCACACAUAGAAAUGCUGCUUUUAACCAGCUGCCUCAUUUGGCGAAUAAUCUUAACAAGCCCCCUUCUCCGUGGAGCAGCUACCAGAGUCCCUCUCCUACACCGUCUUCUUCCUGGAGCCCAGGAGGUGGUGGAUAUGGUGGCUGGGGAGGUUCACAAGGCCGAGAUCACCGUAGGGGGCUGAAUGGAGGAAUAACGCCCCUGAACUCCAUCUCGCCUUUGAAGAAAAAUUUUGCAAGCAAUCAUAUUCAGCUCCAGAAGUAUGCUCGCCCCAGCUCUGCCUUUGCUCCUAAAUCCUGGAUGGAAGAUAGCUUGAACAGGGCUGACAACAUUUUUCCUUUUCCGGAUCGCCCCAGGACUUUUGACAUGCACUCAUUGGAGAGUUCACUCAUUGACAUAAUGAGAGCUGAAAAUGAUUCGAUUAAAGGUCGUCUAAACUAUUCAUAUCCAGGAUCCGAUAGCUCUCUGCUUAUUAAUGGUCAGUCCUCGCUAUUUCCAAUGGAAGAUGGAUUCUUGGAUGAUGGCCGUGGGGAUCAGCCUCUUCACAGCGGUCUGGGUUCACCUCACUGCUUCACUCACCAGAAUGGAGAAAGAGUGGAGCGAUACUCUCGCAAGGUGUUUGUGGGUGGCUUGCCUCCUGACAUCGAUGAAGAUGAGAUCACAGCCAGUUUUCGUCGCUUUGGCCCUUUGAUUGUGGAUUGGCCUCAUAAAGCAGAGAGCAAAUCCUAUUUUCCUCCUAAAGGCUAUGCAUUCCUGCUAUUUCAAGAUGAAAGCUCUGUUCAGGCUCUCAUUGAUGCGUGUAUUGAAGAAGAUGGCAAACUCUACCUGUGUGUAUCAAGUCCCACUAUCAAGGACAAGCCAGUACAGAUUCGACCUUGGAAUCUCAGUGACAGUGACUUCGUGAUGGAUGGUUCACAGCCUCUUGACCCACGAAAAACUAUAUUUGUUGGUGGUGUUCCCCGACCAUUGCGAGCUGUGGAGCUCGCCAUGAUAAUGGACCGGCUGUACGGAGGCGUGUGCUAUGCUGGGAUUGAUACCGACCCUGAGCUGAAAUACCCCAAAGGAGCUGGGCGAGUCGCAUUCUCUAAUCAACAGAGUUACAUAGCUGCUAUCAGUGCCCGCUUCGUGCAGCUGCAGCAUGGAGAGAUAGAUAAACGGGUGGAAGUUAAGCCAUAUGUCUUGGAUGAUCAGCUGUGUGAUGAAUGUCAGGGGGCCCGUUGUGGGGGAAAAUUUGCUCCAUUUUUCUGUGCUAAUGUUACCUGUCUGCAGUAUUACUGUGAAUAUUGCUGGGCUGCUAUUCAUUCUCGUGCUGGCAGGGAAUUCCACAAGCCCCUGGUGAAGGAAGGUGGUGACCGUCCUCGACAUAUUUCAUUCCGCUGGAACUAAAGGAUAACUACAGUGCUCAUUUUCAGGCCUCAGAAUAAGUGCACUCUUCUGUUAAUUCUGCCCCCUUCCUCAACCUCUUCACGCUGGCAUGUCCUUUUGUGCAGUCUGUAACUUAACAGUAGUCUAACAGAGAGAAUGACCUAUAAUACAGGUGUUUUGUAGAUUCCCGUGUCACUGAAAACAAGAUGUAUGAACUCCUUUUUUGUAUUGCCAUCAUGUUGCAUGGAAGUUUCAUUCUCUUGUUUUGCUGGAGACUAAGAGGAUCCAAACUUCCUGCAGCAUUUUCUUAGAGGAGAGAGAGAAAUAUUAAAAGAAAAAUGAAACAAUAGAGUAUUUUGGGUUUUUAAUUAAAUUAUUGUUGAUAAUAUAACAGAUAAGAAUACUUUUAUUAAAAUAACCACGUAACAAUAACACUAUCAGUCUCUCCUGAUGCGGGGUUUCCCCCAGGGAAGUGCUUUUGCCUUUCUCUUUCUUUUCUUUCAUCUUUUUUGCCUCUCUUUUUUUCCCAUCCCUUUUCUGUUCUUUCAACAGCAGUGGAGGAAGUUAACAAUUAUUAACAGGAAAGAGCAUGUUAAAGCAAACACAAAUGCAUGAGCAAGAUUGAAGCAGCAUUAUAACUAAUUUUAAGGGUUUAGAGGCAGAAUAUCAUUUCGUUAUGCCUCAAAGUUACUACCACAUCAGAAAAAAAAAAGUAGGCAGAGCUAGAUUUAUUUUCUUUUAAACAGGUUUUUAAAUUCAGAAUGUAAAAGUUGGGUACAUUUAUUUCUGAGGGGAGUGCACUUAUUUAUUUUUAAACUUUUACUUAUCCAGUCACAGCCCCAGGAAACCUACCAAAGCUAGACUUAAUGACAACUGGUGGGAAAACUAGCAUUUCCUCUCCUAAAGAACAAAUGUAUAAAUUUUAUUUUUGAUGUUAUAUAUAAACUCUAUAUCCUAAUUUCCUAACACUCAUCAGGUGUCAGCCUUUGCUCUCCAUUUUGACAUUAAAAAAAAAGCAAGCAAACAGAUCAAGAGAUACCUCAAGGAUAUCAUUUUUGAUUUUGUGUUAGACUACCAUGUAUAGCCAAAACUGGAAGACAAAACCAAUAUUCAAAUUGGCUGCUGAUUGGCUUACUUUUAGAUUUAAAGUUACUUUGGAUAUCCUGUAAUUUAGUUGUAACAUAGAAAAUGAAAACAAAAAGUAGUUGCAAAGUGUUUUGCACUGUUGAACUAAGUAACUGUGUAAAUCUGUGCAAAGGUACGUAUGUUUAUCUUACUCUUCCUAUAAAAUAAAAUAACAUUACAGUUUCAGAAUUUAGCAUGGGACAUAGUCAGUGUUUGAAGUGCCAACUUCAUCAAGUAAUGCAUGCUUUAUUAUAAAUAAAACUCUAGCUUUUGAAAGGCGUUAUUAUGUGUUGAACAGUAUGCUUCAGGGGUAAAUUGAAAAAUAGUCUCUUGAAGCCCUGGUCAUUGGAAGUCACUUUUAUUCUAAUGGACAUUUUCUCAUGAAAUGCCCUAUCCACCAUGAAAAGGGUUAUUAUCAUCAGUGUGCAAAACGUAAAAACAAGAAUCUAAUGGCAGUCUUGCUAGUUGUGCUGCCUAACAGUACCGUCUUAGAUCCUUCAAAACCAAAGACUUGCCCUAGCACUGCGGUGAAACCACCUGACUGAUGGCCCCUGCUGAUCAUGUUUAGGAAAAGCAAUCCUUUAUUUUUAAUCCAGGCUUUAAUGAACCGUAUACCUGUUAAAUUCCAAAGGUCAAAAUGGAGGCAUUUGCUGUCUAACAGUCAGACACAAGAAAGGGAGCUGCUUAUUAAAGAAUCCCCUGCAAAUAUUGAAAGCGGUCAUGUGAGCGGAGGGUGCUCUUGUGUAGCUGGUCAGGGACUUUUUCUUUUCUCCUGAAUGACAUAAUUCUAAUGGGAAUGUUCAUUUGCCUCUUUUUAUUCUUUUCAACGCUUGUAGGUGGCUUGGGGUGUGCUGUCGUGCUGUUCCUACUCAGUAAACAGGUGUGAUGAGCUAACAAGAAAUAACACUGUUUGAGAACUAGCUUUGAAUAAUAAUUUUUCCCUUUGUACAUGACCUGCUGAAUUUCGGUACAGUGUUUUUGUAGCUAACUUAUUUUGUCAUGCACAUAAUGUAUAUUUGUUAUGCACUACUUUUGUAUAUCUUGUUUUUCCAACAGUGAACAUUUUUAGGCACACUUUUCACUGACGGGAUAUCUCUUUAUGCAAUACCUCAAUUUUUCAUAUUGCAAAGAGUAGCUUUUUGUACUUUUAUUACUGAGAGAUCUUCAUAUACUUCAUUUUUUAAUAUAAAUAAUUUUAAUAAAUUUUAUUUUCUUAUAUUCUGCUUUUUAUACAUUUCAGUGCUCUGCAUACAUUUUAAAUUAUGAAUGUUGUGCACUGGCAAUGCUAUUUUAGAGUCUGCAGAGAAGAGAAAGCAUGUUGCUUAAACAUCCUUCCCCAGCACCAGCUAUUGGUGUACCUAUAAUUUAAGAGAUAGUCUAUGUAAAGUAACAAAUUAAUGAAAAAAAUUCGCAUGAAAAUGACAGAUAACACUGUAGUUCCUAAAAAAAAAAAUUAAAUGCAUAAGCAUAGGGUAGAAAUUUAAAAUAACAAAAUUGUCUACAGCUUCUUACUAAGUUUUUAAAAUUAUUCAUAAUGCAGACAUUUUUGGUGAAUGUUUAGCCAUUUUUAAUAUUAAUAAAUUGAUGUUAAGUGUUUGAUUCAGAGAUGUCUGCUCUUUUAAAUUAUAUAUAAAGAGAAAAAAUAGCCUGCCGUGGGACAGGUGUGUAAUGUUAGUAUGCAUGACUAAUGUAAGAAAUUGUUAUUCUACUAAUAUUUACUUGUGAUUGUGUGACAAGCGUGUUUACAGAUUAUUUGGUUACACUUCAAUUUACAGGGCAUAAACAAUUAUUAUCUAUUACUCUGAACUUUAUUGAUUACAUGUCCUUCAGAUUACAUGGGAUUGUAGUUGGGAGUUACCAUGUAACUCAAAACAUAAUUAACAUGUAAUUAGUUUACAGAUUUUAGGGUAUCACUUCAAUUUACCAAGCAUGUAGUUCUAGCGCACUAGCAUGGCACCAGCCAUGUACUUACAAUGUAGUUACAGAGUAAUUACAUGGUUAUUUUUGCAAUGUAAAAUAAAGUGUUUCUGAUUAUUUUCUAUGUAAAGGAACCCUCUCCCUUCCCCUUCUGGUCCCCACGCUUUGGUAUAAUAUAUAUACUUCUCCAUACACAGACCUCUGCAGAAUGCAAAAUAAAACUUGCAGUGAAUGAAUUUAGCAUUUUAUGAGAGUGCUGUUGGAAAGACUUGAUAAUUCACCCUUUUUGUUUUGAAGAGUUGAAUCUUCUGUUAAAAGGUGAUUUAAAACUUGAAUGUGAUGAAUUGUGGCAAGUUAACUUCAAGUUAUGUGCAAUACUUAUUUCAAACUUUUGAAAGAUCUUUGCAGUGUAAUUCUUUGUUUUUAAUUGCAGACAUUUAAAAAUGUCAUUUUCUACUGUUAAGAGUAAUCCUCUUUCUUGCUGGUGUUUCUAAAGAAAAGAAUCAGAAAUCAAUCUUUCUACUAAUGUAAAUUUGAGAUUAUUUUUAAAAAUGGAAUAAAAGAGGUUUUGGUCAUUUGCUUUAUUUUAUUAUCUUAUUUUAAAGCUACUGUGAUUGAUA